ACUUUACUGCUAUUCUGUGUUUGCCGGGUCUCAGGGGAGUCAGAGCUGUGAUCUCCCUGUGUGAAACAUAACCAUGGUUUUGUGUGUGGCUCUGCUUCUGUCCCUCUUAUCUGCUUCUGUGCUCACAGCUCCUUUGUCAGAAUCACGUCCUUUGCCUAAAUCUCUAGCCCAGUCUGCAGUGGACACUUUUAAUCUGGAGAAUACAGGGACACAGAAGCUCUUCCGGCUGCUGCAACUGAAAAACGUCAAGAAAAAGACCUUUGACUGGGGUGUGCACUUCACCAUUGGAUUCACAGUAAGGGAGACUCAGUGCCAGAAAAAUGCAGGACACAAUGUGCAGCAGUGCAAGUACAAAAACAAAGGGCAAACACUGGUUUGUUCAGUAGAAGUUAGUGUCCUUGAUAUGGCACAGGACAAUCCAUUGAGUUCUGUAGAAUGUCAUCCACCUGCGAAGCAACUUAAAAAAACAAAUCCCAAGCAACCUGAGGACCAAGCAGAUGUUCCUGUUAUACGACUUAUACAUUACGGGAAAUAUUCCACGGCUGCCUUAAUGCAUCGAUCCGAAGAUAUUGCUGAAGAAACACAUUAGAAAGUCCCUGAAAUCAGCGCAGCAGAAGACUCAAGCAAUACAGACAAUGCUUUGCUAUUUCAUUAACCAAACAUAUAUAAUUUUAUGUUUUUUUUAUAACCAAUCCAAUAUUUUAAUAAUUUCAUUUUGGUUAACAAUUAAAAGAUUAUAUAACUGGU